CAUACCCUGGGCAGGAGAUCAGGGAAGGAGGGUGAAACUCAACAGUAACUAGCUUCAGAGCUGUGUCUAGAAGCCAGUAAGUGCCUGAAGAUCUGCUAAUUCAGGCUGGGAAGAAGCCCUGGUCAGCCCUUGCCUGGCUUACCUGGUGGAAGUGUUGGAACUCACCACUUUAGUACAGGAACUGAAGACUGCCCCAUCCCCCAGCUCCUGCCCACAGGAAGUUCCUCUUUGCUGGGAACAUGGACAUCAGAGAAUACUUCGCAAGGAUUGGCUAUAAUCAUUCCAGUGAGAAGUCGGAUUUGGAGACUUUAACUGAAGUGAUGCUGCAUCAUAUCCAAGCUGUGCCUUUUGAGAACUUGGACAUUCACUGUGGAAUACCCAUAUCAUUGAGCUUAGAGGCUGCGUAUGACAAGAUUGUGAGGAGGAAGAGGGGUGGGUGGUGUCUAGAAGUCAAUCAUCUUCUCUUUUGGGUCUUGACCACAAUGGGCUAUGAGACUACAAUUUUAGGGGGAUAUGUUUACAGUACCUUAAGGAGGCAGUAUAGCACUAUGAUUCACCUGCUCCUAAAGGUCACAAUAGGUGAGAGAGCCUAUAUAGUGGAUGGUGCGUUUGGCAGGUCUCAUCAAAUAUGGCAGCCAAUGGAACUGGUUUCUGGAAAGGAUCAACCUCAGCCUCCUUGCAUCUUCCGCUUGAAAGAAGACAAUGGAAUCUGGUACUUGGACCAAAUAAGACGGAAACAAUUCAUUCCAAACCCAGAAUUUCAAAACUCCGAUCUCUUGGAAAAAAAUGAAUUCCGUCAUAUCUACUCUUUUACUCUCCAGCCACGAACAAUAGAAGAAUUUGAAUCUGCAAAUAUCUACCUUCAGACUUCUCCUAAUUCUGUUUUUACAAGCAAGUCUUUCUGUUCUCUGCAGACAGUAGAUGGAGUUUACUGUUUAGUUGGCUGGACUUUUAGUCACAGAAGAUUCAAUUACAAGGAAAACAUGGAUUUGAUGGAGUUUAAGAUUCUGGAACAUGAAGAUAUUGAGAAGAUCCUGAAGGAUAUAUUCAAUAUCAGCCUUGAGAAAAAGCUCGUACCAAAGCAUGGUGACAAAUUUUUUACCAUUUAGAAGGGAAAAUCUAUAGAGUAGCAAUUGGGGUUAGGAAAUAGAUGCACCAUGACAGUGAAGUUUUCAAAACAUUAUUUUAUUGAUAAAUUUUGUAUGUUACAUUUUGAGGUUAAAAGACACUUUACAAAAAAAAAACAAACUAAAAAAAAAGCUUCCCUACCUUGACUUCCACAAAACAGUUAGGCAAAACUGCCUACUAGAUUGGCAGUGAGGUUUCAGAAACCCCAUUACCAAAAGUACAUUGGAAAAACUUUUAGCCCCUGGAAUAUCAGAGCCUUUAAUUAUUAAUUCCUGAAAUUUAGAUGGGCAGGAGAAUCAUAUAAUUUGGGAGUCAGAAGGAAUCUCACUGGCCAUCUAACCUAACUCAUACAUGAAAAGAAUCUCUAUUAUAACAUCUCUGACAGUAGUCCAAUCUGUGCUUGAAGACCUCUGAGGAUGGGGUAACUACGACCUCUUGAGGUAGCCGAUUCCGCUUUCGAAGCCCUAAAGGGGUGAGGUCACUGUCCAGUCAGGAGAGGGGAAUGCCAGUUGGACAUUCAAGUGGAGAUGUUUGUUAGGCAGUUGGAAAAAGGGAGAAAAGUAGCAGGGUUGGGAUUUUAACUGACUUCAAAUCCAGUGCUCUUGACAUUUGGCUAUCAGGAGGCCAUGGGUAACUCAGAAGGAAACACAGGUAGCUCUUCUCCUACAGAACCUUGACCUCAAUCUAUGAGGAAACUGUUCUAGUUUACACAUCUGAGUCAUAGCAAAGCAGGGUAAAGACCUAAGCAUUCCAAGUCCCACUGAACCUUGAACUGUUCGUUCCAUUUUAUGAUGACCAUUGUGCUGUCCUCUGUUAGAUCAUCUUUACUCACCUGCCAUCUCAACAUGUAAAAAAAAUAUCCUGGGCUCCAGAAUUACUCCUUCCUGUCUCAGAUUAAAGUUCAAUAAAGUUGAGCUGACUAUAGCACUGA